UCAGGGUCGGGGAACGUUUCUCAUUCGAAGGGCCGCUUCAAAUUCAUCCGAGGGGCCGUAAAAGUCCUCCAAGGGCCGUACUAUGAACACAAACCAGGAUUUUCCCUUUCACUUUAGGCCUAUAUUGAAGGCAGCCACAUUUAAACAAACGCCACCUUCAGGUUCCCUGAAUAUAACUUAAUUGUAUUGCAAAUGUAUUUUCUAAGAUUCCUUUACAAAAUAUGUCAUAUUUCAUGUGAAGCUGAAUAGCAUUAAAAUUAUAUCGGGGGGCCAGAUAAAACUGCCUCAAGGGUCGCAAACGGCCCUAGAGACAUAGGUUCCCCACCCCUGGCCUACAUUGUCAAUAUGACUUGUGCUACUUUAUAGAUAAGUAAUCAAUGCUGUGCAUUGCUAUGUUUUGAUUUAUUUUCUUACAUCCUACAGAUCCUGGCAGGGAGACGGUAGUGUCCUGCAGAAUGGUGAUGGGCCAAUCUUACAAGAGACCACAGAAAACUGAUAUAGUGAACUAUAGAAACAACAGUGCCUGCUGCAGUAUAAUGAGGACACCCUGAGCAGAGAGCUCCAAUAGACCCAGGUCCAGUGUCUUGGCAGGGUGAAAUGGCACUGAUAUGGUGUCCUGCAGGAUGCUGUGUCCUGCAAUCCUGUGUGCUGUGCUACAGACGCGUGUGGAGGUCAACCCAAAAUGGGCACAGUCUCACCACAGAAGAGUGAAAGAGGCUUUAAAACUUAAGGCCACCGCUAUGGAGGGAGCGGCUGCAACCGCCACCAGCGCAGCAGCUGCCCAACAAGCUCGACCCUCCGAUUCCUCCACCUCCAGCUCCUCCACCUCCUCUUCAAGUGACUCGGAGCCAGAGAGGAAGAGAAAGAAGAGGAACAAGAGAGACAGGAAAAAGAGAGAGAAGAAGAGGAAGAAGGACAAGCACAGACAGACAGAAGGAGAGAACUUGCGAACACUUGCACCCUAUUGCGGAGCUCGCCUUCAGGUGGGCACAUGCAGAAAAUUGAACAGCUUAAUGAUUAACAACGAUUUUUAGAACCUGAACAAGGACUGCCUGCUUACCUUUUUUUUUUUUCAUCUUUUUGAAAUAUCUAGCAGGUCCCCCUUUCUUUUCAGUUGCUGUAUCUCCUGCAUGUGCCCACCUGAUUCACACUGUGUGGCACAGUCCUUGGUGAAGUUAAAUAAACUAUCACCAGGAAGAUAUGUCUCCCUAAUUUCCAUGUAAUCAUCAGGGCUGACCGUUGCAAGCUCCGCAAUAGGGGCUUGGUUGCAGAUGGUAUUUCUGUCGAUCGGAAUUUUUUCGUACGCCGCCGUCUUGCUUAAACCCUUUCUCACCAGCCUGACCACCUCCAUAUAGCGGGGGGCUAGCGGGAGCUGUCUGUAAAAUAUCUGUAUUUUGUUUGUAUAU